ACUCUGGAGUUUCAAAAGAGUCAUCAGAGAAGACUUCUGAGGCGGUUUAAAGAGAAGCUGAAGGUGUUUGAGCUGCAGAUUAAUGAAGUCAGAGAUGUGAUCAUGCAAGCUAAAGCCAUGGAGAGGGAGUACAUCAAAGUCAAGGCAGAAAAUGAUUACCUGAAGCUGCUGUUGUCAAAGAAGUUGGCAGACAACCACUGUAACAUGGG